CCAAUCGAUUCUCCGCCGUAGGAUCAGUUGACUACCGCCCUUGCAAUUUCGGCUCUAUCACGACUUCAUUCCUUCUCCUUCGACGGCGGCGAUCCUCCCACGUUGCUGGCUGCUUUUAGAUGGGCCCCUCUAAUUCGACGGCUUUGAUUUCAUCAGCAGAAUCUUCAACACCUAGUUUAAAUAUAAGUAGGGGAGCGGACACAGCACUUUCUAGUGUCCACAGAUCUAUCGGAGCUCCUCUCCCCCUUCUCUCUCUCCCUCUAGAUAUCAGUUUUCUUCCGUAAAACCUUUGCAUUCUAGAACCCUCUCUCUCUAGGCGGAUAGUGAUUUCAGAGCUCUUGUGGUAGGAGUGUAACAAGCUGUCGUUGAACCCUAGAUUUUCUGGAUUUAGGGCUUCAGUCACCGCGCAGACCGUGUGUGGAUCUUCGAUCGAUCAGAGAUUCAGAGGGCCGAGAGGGGUUUGGAUUUUGCUUGGACCUGCGCGCUCUUGUAAAGAGAGCGAUAAUGGCGAGUUCAUAUUCCGGAACUGUCACUGCUGCUCAGGUUGGUUCAUACUUCGUUGGUCAGUACUACCAGGUUCUUCAGCAGCAGCCCGAUUGUGCUCAUCAGUUUUAUACCGAUUCGAGCUCUAUGAUCCAGGUCGAUGGGGAUUCAAGCCAGACGGCUUCAACACCACUGCAAAUCCAUACACUUAUCUUGUCGCUAAAUUUUACUGGAAUUGAGAUCAAAACAAUAAAUUCUCUGGAAUCGUGGGAUGGAGGUAUUUUAGUUUUGGUUUCAGGUUCUGUUAAAGGCAAGGAUUUCAGUGACGGGAGGAAAUUUGUGCAGAGCUUUUUCCUUGCUCCCCAGGAGAAGGGUUACUUUGUUCUUAAUGAUAUCUUCCAGUUCAUGGAUGAGGAAAUUGUUCACCAACAUUCCCUGCCUGUACAACCAGAGAACAAGCUUGAUUCUCAAGUUCAUGCGCCUAGUCCCAUUCCUGAGCUACCAGUUGCAGACUAUGUCUUAGAGGAAGAGGCCAGGGAUUAUGUGAACUCUGUUCAUAUUGAAGAUGACACAGUUGACAAAUACAGCCUCCCUGAUCAACAGCAGCUACAGGAACCCGAAACUGAAACUGUGGUGGAGGAAACUCCUGUGGAAGAGGCUGCUUCACUUCAAAAUGCUGUGAACACUGUGCAAGAUCCUUGGGCAGGUCCUGUGGAGGAACCUGUUGGAGAGCCUCAAAAGAGAACUUAUGCUUCCAUUUUGCGGGUAUCCAUGGGGCAACCUGUCUUACCUGUUGCAACUCAACCAUUGUUUAAAAAGAGUAGCCCACCAGCUUCUGAGUGGCAUCACACACCGGAGCCGGCUGCUCAACCGUCAAACACUGUAUUUUCAGAUGUGCGGGAGUCUUUCGGAGAGGCAGCUGAGGAAGGCUUAGCACUAGAAGAAGAAGGUGAAUCAAAAUCUGUCUAUGUGAGAAACUUGCCUUCAAAUGUGUCUGCCUCUGAAAUUGAGCAAGAGUUUAUGAACUUUGGCAGAAUCAAGCCAGAUGGUGUGUUCAUAAGGAGCCGCAAGGACAUUGGUGUUUGCUAUGCUUUUGUUGAGUUUGAAGAUCUUCUUGGUGUUCAGAAUGCUCUCAAGGCAUCUCCAAUCCAGUUGGCUGGGAGACAAGUCUUCGUCGAAGAGAGGAGGGCAAACAGCAACAGUACUUCCCGAGGUGGAAGAAGGGGAAGAGGAAGAGGUGGUUACCAGUCAGAGGCAACGAGGGGCCGUUUCAGUGCUCGGGGUUCUGGUCGGGGUAGCAACCAUGAUGGUGGAGACUACAGCAGGCCGAGGGGCAAUGGUUUCUACCAGCGCGGUUCACGCCAAAUGUCUUAGAACACCAACUAUUUACAACAUUUGUGGGGUGAUUUGAUACUAUAACUUGGUUUUCUAUUUUCCCGGAGGGAACCGAGCUUGUCGAGUGUUCUAUUACCAACCAAUGACAUUGACCUUCUAUGGGGGAAGAAUUAGGCAGUGUCAUUUCUUACAUGUAUGGUGUGUUAAAGAGACCUUUUCUCAUUAGUUCUGCUAUUUACGGGGUACGGAAGCACUAAUGUUCCCCUUGAAUGGUUUUUUGUGAUGCAUCUAGGGGAAUUUUUGUAUUCUGAAGCCCAUUGUUGUGGCUGAAUGUUGUUUACUAUUUCUAUUGGUAAUGUGGAGAUUUUUGGGUUUGGAUC